UUUUAUAUCAUUACGCCAAUUCACAAUCCCACCUUAACUUUUCUCUUAUAACCGACUUUCACACGCAUCAUCACGAAUCUUCAUUAACGCCUACCGAAUAUUUUCAUUAUUUUAUCUUAAAUUUACGACAAUGUCUACUCUCUCUUACGCCUUUGCCAAAGUUACCACGGGCUUUCGCCUUGCAGACAUUGCGCUCAAGGGUAUUGAGAUGUGCUUUCAUAGGAUCAGCCGCAUUUUGUUGACCAGACCAUCGGCAUUCAUAAUUCCAACGGUCAAGCAGCAGAUUGCCCUGACCCUGAGUAAAGCAACAGUGGGGUCGCUGACAAUUAUCGAGAACGGUGAGUCAAUGGUAUUUGGCAACCCUGAUGACGGCGGCCCGCACAUCUGCCUGACCGUACUCAGUGAGCAGUUCUGGGUGCGCCUGAUGCUGGUUCAGGACCUGGGCUUUGCCGAGGCGUACAUGGCAGGCGAGAUUGCAGUCGACAACCUGGUCAACUUUAUCCGCUUCUACAUCUACAACCGCGCCGCGCUGGACACUGCGUCGUCGUCGCCGCUGGUCAGCUCGCUGAUGUAUCUGGCGAGCACGCGCUUUGGAAACUCAGUGCUCAACACGGCGAGCAACAUCAGCGCGCACUACGACCUGGGAAACGAAAUGUUUGAGAUGUUCCUCGACUCGUCGAUGACGUACUCGUGCGCCAUCUGGGACGGGCCUGGAGACACACUCGAGGCGGCGCAGCUGCGCAAGCUGGAUAUGCUUAUUGACAAGGCGCACCUCCGGCCGACCGACUAUGUGUUGGAUCUCGGUUGCGGGUGGGGCUCGCUGUCGAUGCGCGCUGUUCAGCGCACGGGCUGCCGCGUGCUGGGAAUCACGCUGAGCACCGAACAGAAGGAGGUUGCUGAGCAGCGCAUUGCAAAGGCCGGCAUGAGUGACCGCAUUAAAAUCAUGCUAAUCGACUACCGCAACCUAAACCCGGCCGAGCACUGCUUUGACCGCAUAAUCUCGCUUGAGAUGGUCGAGCACGUCGGGUACGAGUACCUGCCCGUGUACUUUGAGCAGUGCCACAAGCUGCUGCACCCUCAGCACGGCGUCAUGGUUUUGCAGGCAAGCACGAUGAACGAGGAGCGCUACUCCGAGUACCGGCACACCGUGGACUUUAUUAACAAGCACAUCUUUCCAGGAGGCCACUGCCCAAGCGUGUCGGCGCUGGUGGCAGGCGCGACCAAGGGCAGCAAUGGCAUGUUGAUGCUUGAGAGCGCGGCCAAUUUCCCCGACCACUAUGCCCGCACACUGCGCGUGUGGCGCGAGCGGUUUCUGAGCGGGUACGACAAGGUGCUGGCAAUGGUGGCGCCCAAGAACCCGCAGCUGAUUCUACAGGAGCGCGAGCUGGUGUGCAGUGCUGACAACAGCGCCAAUAACUGCGACACCGACCGGCCGCGCAUAUCCUCGGACAGCUCUGCAACCAAGUGCGGCAGCGACACUGCCGACAGCAUAACCGACACACUUGACAAGACAGGCAGCGUCGGCACCAGAGUGACCAGCUACAACGACGUCUUCCGGCGCAAGUGGGAGUACUACUUUGCAUACUGCGAGGGUGCCUUUGCUACACGCACACUUGGCUGCACACAGCUUGUGUUUAGCAGGACGUACAACGAGUGUCUUUCUGAUGCGAGUAUUUUGGUUUAAUCUCCUUUCGUUUAUUUAUUGUCAACCCUUAUAUUUUAGUCCGUUUUUUCAGUUCUGUUUUCAGUUUUCAGCCGUUCAGUGUUUCAAUAAUAGUUUUAACCCUAAUCAUUUGAAGCA